AUGUGCUACCGAAAAUACUACAAGUACAAGUGCUGUGCCCUCGAGAAGAACAUCGACUGGGUAGCCUGCGAAGACAAGCCACCAGGCCUAAACUGCCCUAAAGCCCAGGAGAACAACUGGCAAGGGCCGUACGCUCAGUACCAGGGCGAGAUAGAGGGUCCUUGCUGGAACUGUAUGUGGGCAUCAUACAACGACGGAGGCAAAGCCAAAAGAGAGUUUAUAGAGAACUUUGGGAAACCCAAGCCAGGAGAUGAGCCAUGGGAGAGCGAUGAGGAUAGAAAGGACCAACGCAUGGCUGGGGAAGACUGGUAUUGGAUCAUGCGGAGGAGGCAGAAGAAGCAGCGGGAGCGAGAGAGGCGGAAAAUGGCGGUGGACACAGCAAGGACGGCACAUAGCACCGCACAGUGGCUCGAGGGACUUGAAGGGGAGGGAACAUCCGGCAGCAGCACGCCCGGAAUGUCCGGAAGCAGACCAGAGAGUCUACCAGAGACUCAGCCUGGAAGCAGACCUUCGAGCGGACAUGGCAUCCCACCGGCCGGGACUCAUUCGCCGGUGAGGGUCCGUCUUAACUGA